CUUCUUAUAGAGGCCUCGAUCAGGAUCAGGAACAGCUCUUUGACUCGCACCCGAACGUUACUUUCCUUCCCGCAACAAGCGCAACCCUCAUCUAAGUAUGCAUUGAAGACCGACACCUUACAAACGAAUAGGUAGUGUAAACGAAAAUGGCGAAAGUCAUAAUGUCCUCCAGCAAAGCGUUAGUGCGCCCAGCUAGCAAACGAUUAGAAGCGGAAAAUAUGACCUAAACCGAAAUUGUAUCUCAAAACAAGCUAUGCGUUGGUAGAUUCUGAAUUGAUAUAAGAAAUAGGUGGUGUGUGCACUAGAAAAUAUUUGGAUUAGUGGCUUUUUUGUUCCCUUGCUUGUAGGUUUCUGGCUUUUAUCGGUCAGUUCACAAACACCAACUUAUGUAAGCGAGCGAGCUUGGCCUGCUUGGUAUUGUAGCGGGUCAAUCAAUAGAGGAACCAAGGACUAAACUAACAUAAAGAACCAUUAAUACAAUGAAAAGAAAGUACUGCUGAAGAUGUACAAUAUGGAACAUCAAAUGUCAAUCUUUAUAAUCUCAAGAACCCUGAAAGUCAUUAUUAGUAAAGGGGGCGAUGAGAAAGGAGUCUAUCUUUAUUGUAGUGCCUUCUAUUCCUCGAGAAAGAAUAGAAAAAACCCCCCCUUUGGAACUUCUCCUUCUAUUCCUCGAGAAAGAAUAGAGAAAACCCCUGGAGCUUCCCUUCUUGACCUUCUCCUUCCAUUUGGAUAGGCUAACAUAUAAUCUAGGUUGCCUUUCUAUGAGGACGAGCAGCCCAGUCUAGUCUCCUCUGUAGCUUCACGAAGGGUAAGGGGUAUUUGGAAAUAGCUGCUCUGAGAAGCUGGGCUUAGGGUGUGCCUUCAUAGGUCGUUUCAGUGACUCAUAGGGCUUACCUCAGCUCAAACUGGUGUCGCUACCUCCCCUAGGACUUGAAUGAUUAUCCCUGCCCGAUGGGUCUACAUUCAUCCCGGAAUGUCGUCGGGUACUAUUAACUUCCCCGCCAUUCUUGUAACCGUCACCUGUAAUCCGCGCAGGUGUGUCUGCACCCCCUAAGAGUUGACGAGAAAGAAAGGAAUUCUCGGAGCCCUUCAAGACCCACUUUCCCGUAUGAGCAUUCGGUACAUGUAGAAGUCUGUGGAAGAGUCAAAGGGUCACAAAAAAGGAGGAUAUCCCCCCUAAUCUUAGAUGGGUCGUAAGAGGGUUCGCCGCGGUUCAUUGCUGUGCUGACACACUAGGCUACCCUUUUCCGAAAGCGUAGCGGGACUACCUAUCACUAGUCUUCGGCCGGAGGGGUUUAUUGCACGAAUGCCGGGACGCUAGGAAGCCCAACGAAUGUAAGAUGCAAAGCCCCGCACCUCAUUAAGAUCAUAUUGGCAUACUCUCCUAAAAAAAAUAGAGCAGACCCCAUUGAAGACGGGAGUGAGGUACAACAAGGCCAUUUCAGUCCCUUCUCACGGAGCCGUACGUGGACGUUACCGCUCAUACUGCUCCCAGCCAGCAAGAGUUAGCAAAGCUCUACAAGGAAUAGAAGUGUGGAUGAAUCGACAUCAAAAAACAUAGAAUCAUGAAAACCAACGUAUUAACAAGCGCGUUUCGAGUUAGUUAGAAAUCCAGAAUACAAUAUAUAACAUGCAUGAUUAGAGCAUCCCUUUCCAUACAAUAUAUAACAUGCAUGAUUAGAGCAUCCCUUUAAGAAAAACCUACGGAUCCCCGCCCACUCCAGCCACUUCAGCACCUUGUGAUCCUUGAUAAGAUCAUUACGAGCCCUCUAAAAGAAUGGUAGAUUUUGUUUGAUAAUGCCAUGGUUGAGAUUAUGAGUAAGAGAAUGAAUCUGGGAAUCCAAUACAUAUUCAUCCAGGAGCUUUUGCUCUCUUCAGUCGGGAAUACUUAACAUAUUCAUCCAGGAGCUUUUGCUCUCCUCUGUAUAGGGGGUUUCUAGAGAAAGAAGUGAGUCGAGGCGGAGGGGUUUCUAGAGAAAGAAGUGAGUCGAGGCGAGCCCGCUUCGCUUGACCGAUUCUUCGGAGUCGGAGGAAGAGAAACCCUGAACAAGAAGGCGAUGUGAGAUCAACAGCAAAAAACAGUGUUUUUAUGCCCCAGAAGAGCUGCCCACGGAUAAGAUAAGCCUAUAAGAACAAAGACGACUGGACACAAACAAAAGAAACCAGAAGACCCUAUUGAUCUUAUUAAAGCCCUGCCCCGAUGAUAGGCUCCUAUAGCUCGCUACACUACAUAUCGGAAAAGGUCUCUCUAAACUUGGAGAUAAGAGAAUCAUUGGUUUGACCGACGAGCUACGUGGGAAAUACAAGAUCUAGGCAAGCCGAUACAUUCCCCUUUCCCUUGAACGAUAGAUGGAAUCACUACUUGGGUUUUCUCUUAGAUUAGAUACGGGUCGAUCGGUUCGCAUCUUACUUGGUAUGUUUUCGGAUCUAUAUUCUUCUAUCUAUAGGAGAAAUCGCUAUCUCGUUGCACCACACCGAUUCUCGCUCUUAUUCCUACCCCCCAUGCCGUGACUUUGACUGUUAGUAUGAUGAAUGAGUGUAAAGAGAGUUUAUAGAAGUUCCCUGUCCCUCCCAUAAAACCCAAGAGUUCUACUUGCCCUUCUUGACAACAAACUAAGGGUGCUGUUACAACGCCACCGACCAAACAUAGAGUAUGCUUACUUACAAGAUAAGGCUAUAUCUUAUAUGAUUGAAAACCGCUCUGCUCUAAUCAUUCAUUUGAGAUUGUAGGCCGUAUCAAUGAAACCGCAUAGAGAUAGCUUCAAAGAAGACAAGAAUAGCGAAACUCAACAACUACUGACUUACAACUGUGGAAUGGCAAUCUUAUUCCUUCCUAUUAAAAACAUAUUAAGAUCCUAUGAGGCAGGUAAUCCUUUGAUUAAGAUCCUAUGAGGCAGGUAAUCCUUUUCCUAUUAAACAAACUCUCAGGUAAUCCUUUUCCUAUUAAACAAACUAUUAUUAUCCUCAAUGGAAUCCUAUAGUAGUGAAAGGUUGUAUUCACUAUGAUUAUCCUCAAUGGAAUCCUAUAGUGGUAUGUAUCCGUUUUUCUUCCUUCAAAAUCAAUAGAGAGAUAUAGAUCAAUAUAGAGAUAUCAAUCCAAAGUAUAAAGAAGUGGUUUUCGAAUUCCAAUAUAAAUAGAAUAUCUAGAAUCAAGAACUUAUUAAGGGCCUUUGAAAACAUUAUACAGUUUGCAUUCUGAUAAUAGUGGUGAAGUUCCCUAUGAUAGCUUUGUUUCAGUCACAGUGAAAUUAUGCUAUUUAUAGAGAGGACUAUGAAGAUGCUGUAAGAAGUUGGCUAUUGCUGGUGCUACAGAAAAUGAUAUAGUUGGAAUCGAAGAACUGCAAUAUAUACUAUAUUUAUAUGUAAUCUACUAGUCUAUGUAAUCUACUAGUCUUAUUUGUUUCUAGCAAUAUAUACUAUACUUAGUAUGUAAUCUACUAGUCUUAUUUGUUUCUAAUGUGGAAAAUCUACUAGUCUUAUUUGUUUCUAAUGUGGAAGCUUCUUUCUUUGAUUAUUAUGGUAUAGAGCUAUAGAGUCAGAGAAUAUUAUGGUAUAGAGCUAUAGACUAAGUAAUAUUGUGGCAGAGAGCAAUAGAGUCAGAGAAUGACAAUGAUGCAGCUCACAUUCUAUACUAUGCUAGUACGACAGGUUAGUUCCAAAUCUCAAUGUCUUUCCCAUUCUGAAAUAGAGAUUUCUGAAGCCCUAUUGAAAACACUAUGAAGCUUUGUCAAAUGAAUGUUACUAAAGGUAGUAAUGCAGUUUGAUCAUCAAGUUCGAUUCUACAAUGUGUUGUCAAUCUAUGUAAUCUUCAUGGAUUGUGUCAUAUCUUAGCAAGUAACAGUUUCCAAAUUGGUCCAGCACGCACUCUUAUGUGGUUGACUAGGAAAGUUCCCCCAAUACAUAUCCAUGAAACAGGUGUUCAAUAGUUCCUAUGCAGUCUCUUAGGUUGACUUUCCGUUUGAUUGAAGGUUUUCUUUUGUCUACCAAUUCUCUUCUCUAUGAGUCUACCCAUUUUCCGUUAUAAGGAUCUCCUAUGUUUAGAAGGAUCUCCCAUGUAUUUCUUCAAUGUAAGGUGCAGCCUCUCAAUAGCUACAAAAUCCAUCUUUCUACGGAGGACACUUUGCGAAACAAGCAAAAAGGAAGUAAGUGCCUGCCUUUCCAAUUGACAAUCAUGACUUUCUAUUGUGCUUCUAACGUCCAAGUGAAAUGAACUUGUUGAAAGAAGGAUACUACUAACAACUAUAUCAUCUCCUUAUAUGAAUUCAAAGAGCAUUUUCUACUGUGCUACUGUGUUAUGCUACAAUAUCUGAGUCAAGUCCGUUUUCUUGCUAGAGCAUUCUACUUAGGGCUUCUCCUCACCUGUAGUUUUGAAUAAGGAAGGUAUGGGGUGUGUCUAUGUUAGACUUUCACUCUCUUUAGAAUUUCUGGAUGAUUUAGUAUAGGAGUCGACGAAGUGUUCCAAUCUGCUGUAAUACUGCAGUAAAUGCACUUUUCUCUUGGUUUGGAGCCCUUUCUCUGAUGGUUUCAAGUCUUUCCAA